AUGGCUGGUAAAGACUUCGCAAGAGCCUUUUUCAGCCUCCUCACGUUAGGUUUGCUCGUGGCCUUAUCGGCUGCACAAGGGAGCCCAACAGUCACCGUACAACAAGGCAUUCUUGUCGGCACCACUGAGACUUUCCAGGAGUCCCAGUUCAUCAACGUGAACAAGACCAUCGAUGUCUUCAAGGGGAUACCGUUCGCUGAGCCGCCUGUGGGGCAGCUGCGAUUCAGGCCCCCGGUGGCUAAGGGGCCGUGGGACGGUACGUACGACGCCACGUACUUCCGAGACGCCUGCGUGCAGGACGCGCCAGGGGGCGCUGCUGUCAUGGUCUGGAUACACGGCGGUGGUUUCGUCAGAGGGUCUGCCGUGGAAACAGCUUAUAGCGGACAGCGAUUGGUUGCAGUAGGUGAUGUCAUCGUCGUCAGUAUUAAUUAUCGUCUGAACGUAUUUGGCUUCCUAACUACAGGUGAUGAGACUUUGCCGGGCAACCUUGGACUCCUGGAUCAAGUCAAAGCGUUGGAGUGGAUCCAACAGAACAUUGGUGCCUUCGGCGGUGACACCAACCGUAUCACCAUCUUUGGCGAGAGUGCAGGAUCGUUCAGUGUCAAUUUUCAUAUAUUGUCCCAACGUUCUCAGGGCCUGUUCCACCAGGCCAUACAACAAGGUAUGCUUCAAUCAACUUUCUGUUGGACCGCGGUUGUUGAUGGGACUUUUCUGGUGGACACGCCGGCCAAUCUCUACGCUACUGGUCGGACCAAUCACGUGGAACUUCUCAUUGGCACCAACAAAGAUGAAGGCACGCCAGCAAUCGCGUUCAGUCCACGCUUUGCGAGCUACGCGACCUCCGAUGUACCCCCGACCCUCAGCGCACAGGAUUUCGACGAACUCGUUUCCGGGGAACUCUCAAGUUUCCUGGGUGGAGACAAUGAGCAACUUCAGAACGCUAUUUGGAUGCAGUACAUAGACUGGUCCAAAGCUGACUCCGCCGAUCAUGAUUACUUUAGAUCGUUCGUGGAAUAUGAGACAGAUUUCGGCAUGGCAUGCGGAACCGACCGUGUUGCGCGCUUCCAUUCCCAGGGGGGCGACAGCGUCUUCUUGUAUCAGAUGACACACGUGCCGUCAGUAUCCUUCUUCAGCCUUCUCUUUGGAGCCUCUCCACGCUGGCUGGGUAGUACCCACGCCGAAGAUCUCUCGUUUGUCUUCGGCCUUCCCUUUGCUCCGGAAACAGAGAUGUUAUAUUCCAAUUUCACAGAUGAUGAAAGGGCACUGUCGGUCAAGUUCAUGAAGUUUUGGACCACUUUUGCCAAGACAGGGUGA